AUGACCUCAUUAGAAUGCGGCCCGCGGCCGGUCGGGGGAGACUUUGAUGACUUCUCCAAAAAUGCAACGGCACCAACCUCCACCACGUUCUCGAGUGCCAAAGAAGCGCCAAAAAAACGCUCCAACGGUUUUCGCUCUCAAAGUGAAGGAGAGAAGAAAACGGUGAAGAGUGAUAGGAACAUCGUGAUGUUCCUAAACAACGCCCAGGAUGAGGAACGAGCAUCUCCCAUGGAGUACUCCAGGCCGGGAAGACAAGUCCACAGGGGCCUAUGGAGGAGGCCGGGGGACAGUGGCGAAAAGACAACGGGACACCCACCUGCGUACGGCACAACCAUGCCCCAAAACAUCUGGCCCGUUGCCAAACUUAGAGCCGUCUAA